UAACAGGUCAAUCGUGAUUGACCCUUGGUUUGUUGACUUGCGCCGGUCCAGUGAAAGAUAUUUUCUACAGGAACUGGGUCGAUUUAAAUUCAUUUAAAAUAUAUAUACGCUUCUGACCGGCAGAGGUAACAAUAAAGUCGGUUAAAUUUCAGUUUUGGAAAUUAGCUAGGUUGCUGAUUAGGUGCAAAGUUAUAGUUAUAGUGAGCUAUGCUAACGACUUCUGGCUGCACGUGCAAGAUGGGUCAAGUAACUUGUCGUUAGGUAAAAACUAAUAGAGCAUGAUGACUUAAGUAAUUCAUAAAGAUUUGCAUUUGUGAAAGGGUUUUUAACAGCAAAAGAGCUCAGUUAAAGUAUUCAGCAUGGCCUCCCAUGAGAGUCAGUGCUCCUGUAGUGCUCACCGCUCGACCCCAAGCGUCCAUCAAUCUCUAGAUGAAAUGGACUUUGAAAGAGGCAUAUGGUCAGCAGCUCUGGAUGGCGAUUUGGAGAGAGUCCAGACGUUUUUGAAAAAAGGAACAGAUCCGAACAUGAAGGACCAGGCUGGAUACACCGCUUUGCACUACGCCAGUCGAGCAGCUCACCAGUCAGUGUGUGAGCUUCUCCUGGAUCAUGGCGCCUGUGCCAAUUCUCAGACACACGGUGGCGCCACCGCUCUGCACAGAGCCGCGUACUGCGGCCACAUCAGCAUAGUCAAGCUGCUGCUGAACCACAGAGCUGAUCCUAGCUUAACCGAUGAUGAUGGCUCGACUCCUCUGCAUAAGGCUGCUGAGCAGGGCCAUCUGGAGACAUGUGUGCUGUUAGUGAGCAGAUAUCCUGUGCUGAAAACCAUGAAAGAUAAAAAAUCACGAUUACCUGUGGAUCUCAGCCCAGACCACAAGACCUUCUUAGAGUUACUCGAGCCUCCACAAUGAUUCCUUGAAGGAGCUUCGAACCUCUGAAAGUGCUGAAUAAGCUAAAGGACUCUGUACAGAUUUUGGAAGUCUUUGCUGCGCCAUCUAUCCUCAUCCACAUCACCGUCAUCAUCCCCAAGGCCAUCUACACCCUCAUCUUCAUUUCCUUCCUCAUCCAUAUCCCCAUCUUCCAUCCAUCCAUCCUUAUCACCAUCAUCAUCUUUAAGAUCAUUUCCACCCUCAUCCCUAUUCCCAUUCCCAACUCCAUUCUCAUCUCCAUCCUCAUCCUUAUCUCUAUUUUCAACCCAUUUUCAUCAACAUCCCUAUCUUCACCUCCAUUCUCACCCCAGCCUUAUUCUCAUCUCCCUUUUAGACCCCCAUCCCCGCAUCCUCAUGCUCAUAUCCAUCCUCAUUUUCAGCCUGUUCCCAUCCUCAUCCCUAUCUGUACUCCAUCCUUAAUCCCAUCUUGAUCAAAAUUCUCAUCCCUGCCCUUAUUUCCAUCCUCAGCCUUAUUCCUAACUCUGCCAUUAUCCCUUUCACCAUCUUUAUCUCCAUCCUCAUCAUUAUUUAUACUUGCUUCCUUAACUCCAGAAUCCUCCUGUUUGUUCUGCUGAUACAGUUUAUCCUAAGUGCUAGAAACAUGAGAGUGGUUUGAGAUGAAUUAUGUCUCGAAGCAGCUGAAAUGUUUGUGAUGAUAUAGGAUGUUCAACUUAGACAGGAUGUGACUUACUCCAAAGUCACUAAACUUAUAAGUCACACAUUCAUUGCCACAUUCUACUGACAGGAUUGUAAUGCCACACGUAUUAGUGUCCAAGCUGUCAGCAGAGGGCACCAUUGGCCAGCUCAGAGCUUCUGUGAAGUCCUGAUCAUUUCCGUUCUUCCCCAUCAUGAAUCAUCUGAAUCAUUUUAAGAGUUCUAACUAUUAAAAAACUACAGCUGCAUUUCUAAACAUCUGAAUUCCAUUGUAAAAGACUCACGACAUUACCGAAGCUUGAUGUAUCAGGUUCAUCCAAAUACGAAGGAGGAAGUACAUUUCUAGCCCUUUACACUCUGGACAUAUCAAUAAAUCUGUUCAUUAAAGUAAUACAGUAUUUUCUAAUAUACCAAACAAUCGCUAUUCUACACAGAAAGGUAUUAUUUUACAUUUAUAAGCCCUGUUGUGAUUAAAAAAUUUGACAGGAAUCUUAAGAAAUAAUGCAGGUUUUUGCCAUAAAUACUAUUGGUUUAUGAUAACAA